UCGCGCGCUGAUCCCCGGUUUUUCCCCCGGCGCCUGGGUGGUUCAGGGCCAGCCGUGAUACUGGUGUCCGCAGGCCCGGACCUGGCGACGGCUGUUCUUUUCUUUCGGCCGCUGGCCCGAUGGAAGAGCCUCUCGGGAAGCCCCUCAGCUGUGAGGAGAAGGAAAAGUUGAAGGAAAAAUUAGCUUUCUUGAAAAGGGAAUACAGCAAGACCUUGGCCCGCCUUCAGCGUGCCCAAAGAGCUGAGAAGGUUAAGAAUUCUCUUAAGAAAACAGUGGAAGGACAAGAUGACUUGCUCCAGGAAGAAGUUUCACCACAGCUAAACCGCCCAGAACCUAAAAAUAAAGCAUCUCCUUGUUACACGUUACAAAUCAACACCCAUCUCAAUGAAGACACUGGAGGAAAGACAUCUGUCACGCUUGAUGCGGAGCCAGGACAUGGCCCAGUGGAAGGAUUAUGCAUACAAAGAACAGGUGAUAUCCAAGAACGUUUUCCCUACAGGGUCCAUGGCCCUGAUGGUGAGAAAAGGCAGAGUAAGCUGCCAGGGAGAAGAACUAAGCAGCAGAAGAGAACAUUUAUUUCACAGGAAAGAGAGUCUUUCUUUGACACUGAUUCCCUUCUACUCUCUGGAAAAAGACUAAAGGAACAGGAAGGAAUCAAUAGAGGAAAUCCUAGGACACUCGUAACUGAAAAAAGAAUUUACCUUCCAAGUCCUAAGUCUGACGGUUCAGAUCUUCCAGCAGCUGUUAUAGAAACUAAUGUAGGGAGUGUAUUAAUUCCAAAUGCCAAACCACAAAGAGGUGUCGAUGAGCUCUUCAGAGGAAAUGACUUCCCCAGAGCGACUACACUGCCUGUGCAUACUCUGCUAGAUAGCAGUAGUGGUCAGCAUCUCGAGCAUAAGCCUUCUGAAGAUAACUGUGAACUUAUUGCUCACAGUUUAGAAAACAUUAGCCCUGUUUCACCUGUAAACUUAGAAGCACAAGACAAAAAAAUGACUGUCCUUACAGAUAACCCAGAGGUAAAUAAAGCUGUAAGUGCAAGCGGCCAGCUGCCUAGAAGUCCUAACUUAGAGGCAGAUAAUUCAUGUUCUCUAAAUGAACUCACUUCUGAUAGCUUAUCAGCAGAUGAAAACCAAAACUUCAAAGAACAAAAUCACGCAGAGAGGUCUUUAAAAUCUCCCAAUAACACUCUUGAUGGUAAAAAUGAAAGUAUUCAGGAAAAUGAGGUUCUAAGUCAACCUAACAGUCUCAGCCUAGAAGUAAUCUCCCCUGAUUCUACAGAAGAUCAAACAGAUUCUUGCACAGUGCUUGAAGGCCUCCUAUUUCCUGCAGAAUAUUAUGUUAGAACCACACGACGCAUGUCCAGCUGCCAGAGGAAAGUAGCCCUGGAGGCUGUAAUUCAGAGUCAUUUGGGUGUCAGAAAGAAGGGGUUUAAAAAUAAAAAGGAAGCUACUAAAAAUUUAAACUCUUCCAGUGAAGAGACUAAGCAAAGUGAAAUUAGGAUGUCUGACACAUGCACAGGACGACCCAACUCGAGAAGUCCUGCUCAGAAACUUCUCUCAUUAACCGAAGUCAGCUCCCCCACUGGGCCCACUCCAGAUGACUUUUCUAGGAAGGCGGUUACCCAGCCAUCUGGCAGAAGACCCGGAGGAAAAAGAAAGUCAGCCUGCACCCCUGAAUUAGAUCGUUGUGAACUACUUUUGCCAACUUCUGGCACUUGUGGUGUCAAUAGGUCCAAGGAAGGAGUCACGUUGCGCAAAGAUGAGAAUGAAAAAGCAACUAUUCAUGGAAAAGAAAGUCAUUGUCAAAUGAAAAAAAAUGAAAAAAUGAAAAAAGAGGAGUCCCUUUCUUCCAGGAAUAGUGCUUAUUUGGCUUUGGAGGAUGAUGCUUUCCGUGCUCCAUUUCAUAAGAAUGAAAUGCUAAGUUUAAAGCAACUAUCGUCUCUUCUCGAAAUCACUGACUUUGAGUUACCUGAUAAAGACUUCGGACCUCUUAAACUUGAAAAAUUGCACUUCUGCUCGGAAAGGGCAGUUGAGCCUUUUGAAUCAAAAAUAUAUGGGGAGAGGCCUCUUAGAGAAGGAAAUUGUAUUGUUUUGGAGGAAUUGACUCCUGAACAAAUCGAUACAGAAAUGGAGGACUUGGAAGAGGAACUGAUUAGUGUACCAGGAAAAGCAUGCCCUAAAACGCCGAGCCUAAAAAGCCAGCCUCAGGGCCUUUCUUCGUCCAUACUGCUUUUCACUCCUUUAAAUACGGUUAGACCAGACGAUAAUGACGCGCCAGCAGCAGACGCGUGUUCACUCACUUUCCCCAUCUUAGGCGUUACUCCAGCUGUUGGCUCCCGAGCACGCUGUGAAGAAGUGUGUGCAGAGUUUGUUGGACGAACUUGCUCUCCACCCCGGCUUUCUCACUCGCACACCUCAGUCAGUCUUGCCAAUGAUCAGAAGCAGUGCAACAGUUGGGCCAGCCCACCAGAAUUAGACGGCAGCCUGCAUGUGUCAGGAAGGAAGGGAAAGCCUUCCUGUGACUGUGAUUCUGGUCCCCAAGCAACACCUCUUCCCAAUGAGUCAUUCACUUUCCAAGAAAAUCAGCUGCAUGGGAAUACAUGUCUGGAAUCGUGGAAACUUUCUGUUGAACAGACAGAAAUAGCAGACGUUCCUGCCUGUGACAGGGUAAACCCAGGCAACCUACAAUUGGUUUCAAAGUUAAAGAAUACUUCAGGUUCCUGUUCUGUGGAUGUGAGUGCCAUGUGGUGGGAAAUAGCUGGUUUGAAAGAGCCGUGUAUCAUAACUGCGUGUGAAUAUGUAGUUUCUCUUUGGAAACCUCUGGAUACUUGGCAGUGGGAAAAAAUUUAUUCCUGGCACUUCACAGAGGUUCCAGUAUUACAGAUAGUUCUAGUGCCUGAUGUUUGUAAUCUUGUGUGUGUGGCUUUGGGAAAUUUGGAAAUCAGAGAAAUCAGGGCAUUACUUUGUUCCUCUGAUGGUGAAAGUGAAAAGCAAUUACUCCUGAGUUCUGGAAAUAUAAAAGCUGUGCUUGGCCUGACACAGAGAAGGCUAGUCACUAGCAGUGGGACCCUUUGUGAUCAACAAGUAGAAAUCAUGACCUUUGCAGAAGAUGGAGGAAGCACAGAAAAACAGUUUUUGAUGCCCCCUGAAGAGACUAUACUAACUUUUGCUGAGGUUCAAGGGAUGCAGGAGGCUCUGCUUGGUACCACUAUAAUGAACAACAUUGUUAUCUGGAAUUUAAGAACCGGUCAGCUCCUGAGAAAGAUGCACAUUGGCAAUUCCUACCAAGCUUCAGUCUGUCACAAAGCCUAUUCUGAAAUGGGGCUCCUCUUUGUUGUUCUGAGUCAUCCUUGUGCCAAAGAGAGUGAGGCGCUGGGAAGCCCUGUGUUUCAGCUGAUUGUGAUUAACCCGAAGACGACCCUGAGUAUGGGUGUGAUGCUCUACUGUCUUCCUCAAGGGCAGGCUGGAAGGUUCCUGGAAGGUGAUGUGAAAGAUACUUUUGCAGCAGCAGUGUUGACUUCUGGAACAAUCGCCAUUUGGGACUUACUUCUAGGUCAUUGCACUGCUCUCCUUCCACCUCUCUCUGACCAAAAUUGGUCUUUUGUGAAAUGGUCAGGUACAGAUUCUCAUUUGCUGGCUGGACAAAAAGAUGGAAAUAUAUUUAUAUACCGCUACUAAGAAGUUAGGGUAAGGUGAAAACCCAGAGUUCUGGAUGUAUGCAGCCUCUUAUUACUUUUUGAAGUUGUCACUGUAAAGGAGAAUAUCUGAAUGACAUUUAAAAUAAUUACUUGUAUUCAUUCAGACACUUACUUUUUAUUCCGUUGGUAGUGGCACUGCUGAUUUGAAUGCUCAUUUAUACUUACUUUGGGGGAAAGGAUUUUAGGUUGAUUUUUGUAAUUCCUCACCUUUGCACAUUUGCUUCUGAAGGUGUACAUAAAGCUUCAAAUGUUAAUAAAUAUUUAUUUUGAUA